AACUAAGAAACUUACAUUGAGGGUUUGGAGCUCGGUUCUUUCAUGGAAGUCUUAGCACCAUAGAAUCCUUGGUGGGCCCGACGGGCCCUUACUACAGAGUGACCGGCACACGCCAUGACAAACGGCACGACUUGUCAAUUCCGCAGGGAACCGAGAUUCGUGCUGCCAUGCCUGAAGCGACGUGGGCCCGAAACACUUCCGGAUCCAAACAGUUGGUAAUUCGACAGAUCACUCAGCGAAUGAGCCGAAGAACACGAAGCCCGGACCAGGUUCAUGGCGCUUCUUGCAACAGGCGCGUGCUUGGGCCCGGGAAGAACAUGGGCCAUACCGAGAAACAAGUAGCCGUCCCGAAUGUCAAGCGCUAUGACGUGCCUGGAAAGACCUGCCGAGCUUGCCGGCUGUGGGGCGACUCGGGCCGCACUUCUUCCCGGGCCACCAUUAUCAGACCAAGCGGGUUCUCUAUGCAAGGGCUCUACAUACUCUACACAAUCAGUCGGGUCUUCCAAAUGGUCUUUUCUCUUUCAGACCACAUGAGAGGCCGGCACCCAAGAACAGGGCCCAAGAGCCCACGCAGCCAACAAAAAGAAUCGGGGGCUCUCCACCAUAGGCAGUGGUCUGUUAGUCUCUUUUCCAUCCAGAUUCUACUCCGUCAGUUACGAGAUUCCUCUCGUCAGUUGCAAGUCUCUUCUCCGUCAAAUACAAGAUUCUUCUCCGUCAAAUACAAGAUUCUUCUCGUCAGUUGCAAGAUUCUACUCGUCAGUUACAAGAUUCUUCUCCGUCAAUUACAAGAUUCUCCUCGUCAUUACAAGAUAUUUCUCGUCAGUUACAAGAUUCUCCUCGUCAGUUACGAGAUUCUUCUCCGUCAAAUACAAGAUUCUUCUCGUCAGUUGCAAGAUUCUACUCGUCAGUUACAAGAUUCUACUCCGUCAGUUACAAGAUUCUUCUCGUCAGUUACAAGAUUCUUCUCGUCAAUUACAAGAUUCUUCUCCGUCAAUUACAAGAUUCUUCUCCGUCAAUUACAAGAUUCUUCUCGUCAGUUACAAGAUUCUUCUCGUCAAUUACAAGAUUCUUCUCGUCAAUUACAAGAUUCUCCUCGUCAGUUGCAAGCUCAGCCCCACGCUUCCCCGGAGAUCAAAGUACAUAGCCACGCAAUCUACACCAGCGAAGCCCUGAAGCCUCGACUUGUCCGGUCCGUAUCUGACCCCCGGCGAGUCCAUGAAGCCACCGGGCGCCUUUGAAAACCGUUUCGCUGUUCGGCCACGCAAAGCCGCCCAAAGCCAUCCGACUUUGCAGCGCCCGGGCCGACUACGAGAGCGGGGCUCGCCCCAACGCUGUAACAUUCACGAGUAUGGAAGUCUCCAG